AAAGAAAGAAUUCAAAAGUGGCUAGAGAACAUGAAACAAGACUCUGGGACUCCCAGUAAAUAUCAGUUCCCAAACAGAGAUCCUUUUAGUCCUGAUUGUUGACAUCCGAUGGGGUAUCACUUGCUAAAGCAAACUGCAAUUCCAAUUAUAUUUUCAUCGCCUACAGACUGUUAAGGAAAAACUACAGAGAGAGAGAGAGAGAGAGAGAGAGAGAGAGAGAGAGAGAGAGAGAGAGAGAGAGAGAGAAUAUGGAUAGACAGAUAUUAAGUAUGCCUAAAAGCUGAGUCAAAAGAGUAAUUUAUAUCAAGGAGCAAAGAAAAUGCAGGUAACACCAAUGUACCACCUGAACACACACAACUGCAUGACUCCCAUUCCCUGAUGGAGCCAGCAGCUAAGACAGACUAUAUAAAAGAUAUUGUUACCAAAUAUCUUGAUAACCCAAACUUUACAAAUGAUUACAUAGAAACUGUGUCAGGUCAGGAGAAUUCAUUCCUCUUCAGCACAGUUGAAGAAUUAAAUACAAAUAACGAAUCUAUAAAUGCCAUUUUCAUACCCAUAGAAUAAUCAAACCCUGAAGCUAACUCUUCAUACCAGCCCCAAAAGUAGGCCAUGGAAAUAGAGGACUCUGAAGGCUCCUUAAAUAAGGAUGUAAACCAUAGUGCAGCAACUUUACAAACUGAACAUUUAGUGAGACAAGACACUGAUAAAGAACAUCUUCGGCCAGUCUCUAACCUACGUUCAAAGGUCACUCUUUUUGAGCUGUAAGAACAACAAUCUCUAGCAAGACUGAAGACUUUGCAAGCUUUUAUGAGCCAACUACAGUAGGAGGACUGGCUAUGUGAAGGGAAUCUCAAGACAACAGAGAACCAUUUCAAAACAUUUGCAGUCUCUACGAUAUAA